AUGCUUUCAGGUAGAUCUCGUGCAUUUGUUUUCAGGUCCACCCUGACAAGAAAUACGAGAUACUUUUCAGUCACCAGAUCCACUUAUAUUGAUGUAAAAAGUCACAAUUCCUUAAACGAUACAUUGAACUGCCUAAGGGAAAACGCAGACACUGAUCCUGAUUUGAAGAGUGGCCAAACCUAUCAUGAUAUUAUCAAUCAUCAUGCUUCAAGAGUCGAGAAACUACCUAAAGAGGAAGUUAUUGAAAAGGAGUAUGAUGAUUUGUACAUGCUAUCUUUGACCCUUUUAAAGUUACUUGAGAAUACUCCAGAAGUUUCUCAGGAAUACAAGAAGGAAAUUCUAAACAAUCUAAUUGAGAAAUUCUCUCAAUACAAUUACGCUGUGUCUACCCUUGCACUUAGAAAAUUACUUGAAGACAAAAGGAAUCUUUCAUUAGAGUCAAUCAACCAAUUGAUUACCCACAAUCCAGGCAGGGUUGAUUCAAGUUGGUCACUUUACCAUAAGUUAAAGCCUGAAGAACCACAUGACAUGAUCGCAAUAUCUGCCUUGAAAAAGCUUUUGUACGGUGAUUCUGUUGAAAUCAAGGAAAACCUACAUAAGGUUGAUAUUAAAAAACUAAUACAGAUACUACAAAUCUAUGAAACUGUUGGCGACAAAUCACUGAUUGAUGAUAAGACAUACUUGUGCUUGAUGGAUAACUUGAUUAAAUUGAGCUGUACAGCAAUAGUAACUUCAAUGUAUAUUCCACCAGCAAUUAUCGAAACCUUGAUAAACGAAGAUGACGGUACUCCACUAAAUAAUAUUGAUUACCUUUAUUUAUAUGAAGCAUCAAUAAAUAAUGGCGUAUCACUCUCAGGAAAUGCGCUAUUGAAAACUUUGAUGCCAAUUUCGAAACUGCAGCUUACGCCAAUUGUUGAUUCAGAGAACUUGAAACUCGUAAAGAGUGAAUUGGGUGUAGAAAUCAAAGACCUUGCACCUUUGUCUGAAAUUGUUGAGGAAAUUAGAGAACAGAUUUUAGAGUUGGGCUUGGAUGAUACUCCGGAAAUGAUGAAUAACCUCAUAAAAUCGGCUGGUUUCUACUCCAAUGAUUUGAAAGCCGCAAUUAAAUACUUUCAAAAUUAUCAAACCAAGGUACCAGAUGGCACAGUUGCCCAGAACAAUUUGAAAUCAAUUAUUUCUUUGGUAUGUACUUAUGAUUGUAUUGUAAAGGAAGAUAAAAAGAUGAUCAAUGUGGCUGAGGUACUCGUUCCACAGACUCCAUUACCCGCAGCAAACAACCUGGCGGCUUUGAUGUUGUUUCACGGAUGGUUUAAUAAUUCGGACAAGGCUAUAGAUAUCCAUAAUAAGGCAAUCAACUUGUUUCUUAAGCCUCACGAGGGUAAUGAGUACAACAGGGGAGUGCUAACCCAGUCGUUGGUUCUGGUAUGCCUCCUUGAUAAGGAUGUUGAACUAGCGAGAUUGAUCAAACAAAGGGGUUCAGAAAACAAUACACUAGAUGAAUCUUUUGAGAUUAGACUUUCAAAUCUAAUGAAAGAAUAUGGAGAUAUAAUUGAGGAAUCUAAGUCUGAUGACGAAUUCAGAAAAGAAAUGAAAAGGAUCUUUUUGAGAACCAUUAGAGAAUGGUCUCCAUAA